AUGCAUUUAAGAUCCGUGAUCGUGAUCGUGUAUUUCUGCGUGGCGUACGCAAGCUGCCAGUUCUUCAAUGUCAAGAAAAUCUUGAACUUCGAUGGUCUGGCACUCAAUGAGACUGGAAAUGAAUUGUGGAGAGGAUUGAUCAGAGAUUGCGACCAGUCCGUGACGUUCUCCUGCAUACAAAAGAAUGCUUACGCGUAUUUGGAUAGUGUUUUCGCGGAACGAGACAAUAUCACGGUGUUUGAAGGUUUGACUAUGACCAAGAACGAUUUGAACUAUGGAACGUGUCGCAAAAAGGAUAGUCGAGAUGAUCCUAUGGAUGAAAAUCUCGUGGAAGGGUCCAGCAAGGAUGGCUGCGACGAGGAGGAAAGUGAGGAGGAGAAGGGGGAGGGAGAAGGUCGACAGUUCGGCGAAGAGCAGUCACCUUUGGAAGAGGUGACUAACUCAUUGCGGAAGAAGGUGGUGAAAUUCCUCGCGAACAGGGAUUAUCAGAUUCAAUUACCCGAUUUCUUCUUCGAGGGAGCUACGAUCAAAAUAAGUCCGCGCGAAGUGGACGAAAACGGUGCUCUAGUUAAAUUGGACUUCGGUCAACGUGGCUUGGAGAGCCAAGGAAGAAUCUUUAAGAAAAUCAAGAAAUUCAUACAGAACAAACUGUUGACAAGCUUGCUAGCUCUGCUCAUCAUCAUCAAGCUAAUCAAAGUGAAGUUCAUGUUUGUGAUACCAUUCCUGUUCGGCGUGGGAGCCGCGAAGAAGCUGUUCCUGAAGUUGUUGCUCUUCUUCAUCCCGGCAUUCGCUCAUGUUUUUAAGCUAUGCUCGAGCUAUUACUCCGCGCACGGCACGAAGUACCACCAUCACCAUCAUCAGAUAGCGCAUCAUCAUCACCAUGUACCAGUCCCGGUACCAGUUCCAACCUACUACAAUCACCAUCAUAAUCACCACGAAGACGAAUUUGACGGCUACGAUUACGCCCAUCCUCACAUUCAGUACCGAAAAGAUAUCGAAGAAUUAAAGGAAUGGGGGAUCGAACCUUACGAGGAGCCUUACGAAAUUGAAGCUGGCCCCGUGCCAGCUCGGCCUUCGCCGGCAGUACAUCCGGCUGCACCUUUCCCAGUGCCCGCUCACUCUGGAAUGUAUGGUAUUUCUCAAUAUGCGCCAAACGCGCAUCCAAUAGUUUCUCCGUAUUUGGAGAAACGUCCACCGUCGUCUGCUCACAGCCUGGCCUAUUCAGCGUAUGCCGAUAACAAUCGCAGAACAGCAGGCCAAUCAGCCUCGCCAACUGUCGUCAACGUUCCUUUAAAUCCCGCAAACCUGCCGUCAACGAUGCUACCAACCGCGACAAACAUCAAGAAUUCGUACGUCGCGUUUGGACAGCAGAAUGCGAGAGAAGUUUCGGCAAAGAGUGGCCCAGCGGAUUCGAGAGUUACGGUGGUUACGCAACGGCCAAAGUACGACGACGAGUACUACGGGCCGAUAAUUAACAGGCUGGAGGAGAUAUUCAAGCAACUGAGAUUCGUCGAAGAGAGUUGCAGAGAGAGGCUCGUGUGCAGCAUGUACAAGAACCCGACUGUGUAUUCGCCGCACAGCAACCUCGUUUCCAACGAGCUGUCCAGAGAUCCGCAGGAGCUAAAACGGACGGAGAUGGAAAGCUCGUCCAGCCAGAAGUUCCACAGAUAUUUCAACGCUGCCAGAUUGGGUCAAGACGGUGGAGAUUGCUUGAGAACAUAUCCAUGCCACAUAAAUACCGAAUAAACCUCGGCAUCGAUUUUUCUUGCUCAUCAACGAAGACUCGCCGUGGGGACAAUUAUGUAUUGACGUCACCAGCGUUUAUGGCACUACGCCGCCACGCGUUGAAGUCUCUCUAAUACGAGUUCGACUGGUUUGUUCCGCUAGGCGCCGAACAUAUUUAGAUGGUCACGAGUAUAGGCUAUUCGUUCGUGUCAAGGUCAUAGAUCGAUCAUUGUAAUAAAAGGAUGUCAGUUGAUUUCACAGCCAAUUUAUUAUUUAAAAUGUCUUGCGGUAACAAGCGAAACACUUUUUGCGACACGUAAAAACGCUUUGAUUGUUCCUUGCAUUCGUGACGUGUUACGUGGAAUUUUCGUGUUAAAUCGAGAAGAAAUGUGCGCUCUGUUCGAUUUAAUUAAAUACGUUCUAUUUAGAGAUAUAAGUAGGACAUUUUCUUAGAAUCGUUAUUACGAGGAGUUUCUUAAAUGUUCGUUCGGCCUCCGAUACUGUUUGAAGCUGAAUGAAAUUUACUGAUGAAAUGUCAAACUUUCGUUUCUUUGACACUUUGUCAGAAAAGUGAGAGAAACGUAUCUUCCAAAUAAUGUUCUUCGAUCGUACACUGGACUGUGCGUGGCAAUUAUAGUUUCACAAUUUUCUCAGAUAUGUAUUUUGCAAUUGAUAACAAUUCUUCUGUGUACACAUAAAUACGUGUACUUGGUACGAUAUCGUGUUACAUAUUAAUGAUAAUUUAUGUAUAUAUAAUUCAAUCCAAGUGUAAGUCGUUAUACAUGCGAAUCUUCGAAUGUGAAAUCCUCAACAUUAGAUGCGAUGAUUUAUUUAUUUUUGGAUAUGAUUAUUUAUUGUUAUGUUCUCGGGUGCCAUACCCAGCUAUUAUUUAUUGUACGCGUUAACAACUCGAUUAU